ACCUGGCAACCCUGCCGGUAGGGAGGGCUGUUGCUUCUGAGCGACAGAGGAGCCGCUUAAACUCCUCAUUCUAAACAUUACUUUCGGUUCUUUCAGCCUCGGUUCAGUUUAAUAAAGUGUUUAAAUGGGUCUCCGGUAAAACAGCAGAUUUGUGGAGAGUUUAGUGCAGCAGGAGGAGAUGAAAAGGGUGAAAAAGCGGCAGCAGCUCAGCGGCUCCAGGAGUGUGAACGGCAGCGGCAGCGGUGCGAAACGCGAAGAACAUGUGUCCUGGAAGAAACAGAAGCUCGUGGACAUUCACCAGGCCCUGAACAGUGACCCAGUGGAUAUUGAGACUUUGCGGAGAGCAGCUGUUAGUGAGGGAGGCUUGCUGACGGAUGAUGUGCGGAGGAAAGUUUGGCCCAAACUGCUCAGUGUUAAUGUGUUUGAACUGCCUGCCAAACCUGGUAAAAAUGUCAGGGAGAACCACAAAGAUUACAACCAAGUGCUGCUUGACGUCAGGAGAUCCAUGCGGCGUUUCCCAAGAGGAAUGCGUGUUGGAGAGAGGGAGGUGCUGCAGGAGCAGCUGAUUGACAUCAUUCUGGAUGUUUUGAGGAGAAACCCUCAGCUGCACUACUAUCAGGGUUAUCAUGAUAUCGUGGUGACCUUCCUAUUGGUUGUAGGAGAGCGGAUGGCUAUAGCAAUGGUCGAGACACUAUCCAAUCAUCACCUCAGGGAUUUUAUGGACCCCACUAUGGACAGUACAAAACACAUCCUCAACUACCUGAUGCCCAUUCUGGAGCAGGUUGAUCCUGAGCUGCAUGGCUUCAUGCUCAGGGCUGAGGUUGGCACCAUCUUCGCCCUCAGUUGGCUGAUCACAUGGUACGGCCAUGUCCUCUCCGAGUUCCGGCACAUUUUGCGGCUCUACGAUUUCUUCCUGGCCUCUCACCCACUCAUGGCUAUUUACUUCGCCGCUGUGAUCGUCCUGCAUCGAGAGCGGGAAGUGAAGAGCAGUGACUGCGAUAUGGCCAGUGUUCAUCACCUGCUGUCUCAGAUUCCUCAGAACCUGCCGUACGAACAGCUGAUCACUCAGGCCCAGAGACUCUUUGUCAGCUACCCACCCACUCUUCUGGCCAGCUGUGCUGCCCUGCAGUCCCGCAAAAGCAUCGCCAUCAGCUCUUUUCAGGACUUCCAGAUGUCCACUCUGCAGCAGCGGCCGGACUCGGUUCUCCGACAGCAGCUUCACCAGCGCCACAGCACCAACCUCGACCUGCUGCCCGCCAACAACCACAGCAGCAACACGCACCAGCUCAUUAAAAUGGCCGUGUGGGGGCUCUCGGCCACUUUGGGUGCGGCUGCCCUGGCUGUGGCCCAAACCGCCAUGGACUGGGCACCUGACUUUCUGCUCCAGCUCUUCUGACCUGCAGGCUUAGUGUCUUCUUCUCUUUUUUUUUCCAGUGCCAAACUGGGAGCGAUGUAUCUAAAGGGGUUGGACAAUGAAACUGAAACACCUGUCGUCAUUUUACUGUGGGAGGUUUCAUAGCUAAAUUGGAGCAGCCUGGUGGCCAAUCUUCAUUAAUUGCACACUAUUGCACCAGUAAGAGCAGUAAGAGUAUGAAGGUUCAAUUAGCAGGGUCAAUUAGCAACGAACUAUUAACUGUGCACAGUUUUACUGCUCAAAAUAUUGCAAUGCACACUAUAACAUUGUGGGUGACAUACCAGAGUUCAAAAGGACAAAUUGUCAGAGGACAAAUUGUUGGUGCACAUCUUGCUGGAGCAUCUGUGACCAAGACAGCAAGUCUUUGUGAUGCAUCAAGAGCCACGGUAUAUUCAGGGUAAUGUCAGCCAGCAUACCACCAAGAAGGACGAACCACAUCCAACAGGAUUAACUGUGGACGCUGUAAGAGGAAGCUGUCUGAAAGGGAUGUUCGGGUGCUAACCCGGAUUGUAUCCAAAAAACUAGUCCACCAGAACUGUCCGUCACCACAAUAAAGUUUCAGUUUCAUUGUCCAAACCCCUGUACAUAGCAUCUACGUCGUUUGUUAAGUGCCAGAAAAACUCCUUGAGCAGCGAAGAUGAGAAGGGAAAAAACAUAAACAGGGUUUAUUUUCCCAUUUUUUUUCUCUUUUUUUUUUUUUUUUCUCUUUUUACCCCCCUCUCGUAUUUAUAGAUUUUACUCAAGCUAAUAUUGGGGAGCAUGAAAGGUGGUAGACGGGUUUUUGUAAUGAUAAGCAUUUCUGAAUGCCGUUCCAUCAGCAGAACGUCGGGGAAAAAGUGCGCCGGUAGCGUAUUCGGAACAGCAGCAGACGCACAAAUUAUUAAACGCCUCCACCAGCCCUCCCCUGCUGAAGGCCUUCGCCGCAGAGUGAAGGAAACAGCUCAUUCAGACGAGAAGAGACGAGAGCGAGCAGGUGGGGUUCUUUGGUCUGCGGAGAAUAGAGGACUUUAGAGUCAUCCAGUUCACACCCCAGCAAAGAUAUGCAUUAACCGAAGAAUAAAAACACAAAAAACUAAAGAAAAAAUUUGGUAACACUUUCUAUGAAUGUCAUCUCUAUAAGACUCUAUAAACAUACUCAUAGCGCAUUAUAAUGCAUUCAUAAGGCAUUAUAUACAUGGCUUUUUUUACAUAUUUAUAAAAGUGUCUAAUUCAUCAUAGCCAUGUUUAUAAUGCAACAUGAACUGUGAUUAUAAUGCAUUAAUAGCUGUGUUUAUAACAUGUUAUAGGUCAAUACCAAGAAACGUAGUCCUUAAUCACACCCUAAAUUAUCCUAUAAAAAUGACUCUUGUCUUAAAUAUGUAUUAUAAUGUAUUAUAACAGCUUUUUGUGCGCUCCAAUAAAGUGACAGACUGUUCAUUGUGGGACUAGAUUAUUAACGAUAAGUUAUAGAUAUGUACUAUUUUAACAUACAUAUUAUAAGCACAGCUUAUUAUGUAUUAUGAUCACAAAUCACUAAAAGCCAAUCAGAAAGUCUGGAUCUGAAAAGUUAGGUGUAAAAAAACAUCCAAAAAUCAAACCUUAGCAAAAUUUCCCAUUUUAUACCCGCAGCUCUACCUGCUUCCCUCAGCCUCCAGCCUUCAGUUCCUCAACACCACCACCUGGCCCUCCGGUGAUUUUAAUGAGACGUUUCCGACGCACAGUUUACUGACUGGGGAACAUAAAUCCGUCCAAAGAGAUUAAGCAGCUUGCCUUUUCCUGCCCCCCAUCCACGCAGUUUAGCGUCUCUUGUCAUAAACAGACAAGGGAGAAGACUGUUGAUGAGCCUGAGCCUGAAUUACGGCGCGGGAACGAGCGCAGAGCGCUGCCAGAAAGCGCCGGGCGCUCUUGUCUGUUGGUGCCUUGGGUGGGAAAAGCUGCGGAUCAGCUGUUUGUCUACCAGACGCCGCCGCUAUCAGGAGUCCGUCGCGUAAAACUCCACCACUGCCAAGAAAAAGCACAGCAGUCAGAAAAGUUUUCGGGGCUUGAACACAUGCUGGUGUUGGUUCUUCUUUCUUUUUUCUCUUUUUUCUUUUUUGAGUUUUUUUUCAGCGGUUAAUUAUAUGCCCAGUCAGGAAUGCCCAGGCCAUCUUGAUUUAAUGUGAAUUUAAUUCGGCCCCUUUGGCUGUUGGCAAGGCUUUGGGCCAAACGCUAAUGCUGGUUUACAAGCACCGAUCUGUUUUUGGAUUGUUUUGACAAAUGGGUGAACGAGAAACGGGUGAAGAAAUAUGAAGAACAGGAUGUGCCUUAAGCUUAGUCUGUUAAAUUGCAGCUGUAGAACCACGUAAAACUUGAACUGGAUGGAGCGCGAACAGUGCGGUUGGAUGUAGAUUGCAGAUGCUCGAACUACAUGACUAUUACAAGUGUGAAUAUAAAAAAAAAAUUACUGUUAACUUGUUUGAAAAUAAUGUUUAUAUACUGUUUUAAGCUGCGUUCACAUUACAAACCUCAUCAAAAUGUAUCAGUUCUGAUGUUUUGUGCUCAGAUUGGAUUGGAUGGAUUAUGUUGACGGUUCCCGUCGCCUCACCAAUGCUACUUGGUUUCACUUGGUUCUCUCCUCCAUUGUUUUUUUUUUUUUUUUUUUUUUUUUGCCCUCACUGCUUUUGUACAUGUUGUGUACAGGCAAAAAGACAUGUGAAUCCUGAGCUCGCUGUUCACUGUUCACAUUCAAGAUGCAUACUCCUAAAAAGAUUAAAUUUGAAAUGUCCACACAGCACAGCCCCCCAAAAAAGAAAAAAUCAGAUCAGUGUCAUAGUGUAAACGAUUUGUUGCCCGUAAUUUGGCCCCAAUUUGGCCCCAAGUGGCCAACGACACAGCAACAGGAUGCCCAGCAACAAAUUACGUGGACCGUUUCUUUUCCUGUUUGUUUGCGAUGCAUUUUUGCACAAAAACACGUCUUAAGAAGAAAAAAAAAAAAUUCUUCUAAGAAUUUAAUUUCAUGUUCUAAGAAACAUGAAGCCUAGAAGGCAGUAAAGGAUGGCUCCUUAGGGAGCUUGCUAGAUUAGCCAGUAUGCUAACUGGCCAUGCUGAUACAUUACUAGGCCGAGGUGACUCAAAUCUGUUUUUUUGUUUGUUUGUUUUUUUUGCUCAAUGUGACUCAGAUCUGAUUUUUUUUUUAUGGCUGUGUGAACGUGCCAAAUCGGAUUUUUUCACAGGCUAUGGAAAAAAAUAAACUAAUCAGAUUUAAGUCACUUCUUUCUGAUAAUGUGAACAUAGCCUCUUUUGGCUCUGUCCUGUUUUAAUUUGGAAGCUCAAAGUGUUUGGGCUUGAUCUGUUCACAAUAGCGUGGAUUAGGGAGUGAGAACAUUCAGAUUAUGUUAUGGAAGAUUAUCACAAUCACUCCAUUGAGAACUUUCAUUUUGGGCUCAUUUUAAUAAUAAAAGAAAAGGUGUGAAAAUCAGGAGCUACAUAUCACCCACAGACUCUUAUUUGUCGGUUUAUUUGUGUAUAAGUUGUCUUUAUGUGCUAAAUGUAUCUGAGCAGUUCUUUAUGACCGCCAGUGUGUGGAAUAUGUUGAGAUAAUUCAGGUGUAAUGUUGUGCAGAGAUCAGCAUGUACUGUGGGUAUGAAGCAGCAGACUGCUGGCUGUCUUUAGAGGGCUGGCAUCUUCUCUGCAGAAGUGUGUGUGUGUGUGUGUGCGAGUGUGUGACAGGCUCUCUGGCCAAGUCUAAGCAGGGUCUUGCUGGCACCUGGACGGCAGUUCUGUCCAGUUGGAGCGUUUAGUGGAGAAUUCAGGCCUUUUGAUCAGAACUGUCUUCGCUUCUCUGGCUUUGGCUCACAUGCUGACCUGAUGCUGGGGCUGUGGUGGGGUGGGGGUGGGGGGGUUGGGUUUGGGAUUGGGUCUGAAAUAGGUUUUUAAAACCUGUGUAUUAGUCUUGACUGUAUUUUUAAAUGUUACAAUACUUUUUUUUGGGCUGUUGUUUUCUGAAAAUUCAGCUCUUCUUCAGAUGUGUUAAAUAAAAUUAUUUAGUGGUCAGAUGUAUUGCACUGUACAGCCUUAAACUAAGCCUGUACCUGUCUGACGAUGUUCAUAAAUUAUUAAAGUAUUUUUGGAAGCAAAAA